UACGAAAAAUAUUGAAACAGGAUCUGUCGGUGAAGUAAACAGUACCAAAUUAUGAUCACUUUUUAUACAUAUGUGGUAUUUCGCUUUCGUAACUGCUUCGAAUUUUUGCUCGACCAAUGUAAAGUUAUGUACGCUCGUUAUCUGCAAAAAAUGCAGUGCACGUGAACCGCGAAAGAAAGAGACCUCAUACGCUUAAUUUGCCGUCAAUCGUCGUAGAAUUGCUUCGACGCGUUAUCGGAGCAGUUGUUCGAGGUUAUCGCAUACAAAUGUCGAAUAGAGGUGGAUCGCAGGACCAGUCCAAACAUGGAACAGGCAAUGAGGAAAGCAAUUCCUCAUUGGUAUUUGAUCCAAUUGGUUAGAUAUAAAAAAACAUCAACACAUAAGAUACAAUCCUUUAAGAGGAGAAUGGGUGCUGGUAUCUCCUCACCGUAUGAAACGACCUUGGGGAGGCCAGAUUGAACCUAAUACUGAUGAGGAGCUCUCCGAUUACGAUCCCAACAAUCCACUCUGCCCAGGAAAUGUCAGGGCCAGUGGAGAUGUAACUCCGAUAUACCAAAACACAUAUUCGUUCAUCAACGAUUUUCCCGCCUUACUGGAGUCGGUACCUGAUCCUCCAGAAGCCGACGACGAAUUGUUCCAGAUGAGCUCUGCCAAAGGUACCUGUAAAGUGAUGUGCUUUCAUCCAAAGUCGAACGUGACGAUAGCGUUGAUGAAGAUCCAUGAGAUCAAGGAGGUGGUGAAACGGUGGAUCUUCGAGAUGCUAGAGCUGGGCGAGAAAUGGUUGUGGGUGCAGAUAUUCGAGAACAGAGGCGCUCUGAUGGGUUGCAGCAAUGCUCAUCCUCACUGCCAGAUAUGGGCCAGCUCGUUUUUGCCGAAUGAAGCUAGAAUAAAAGACGAAUAUCUCGGCGACUAUUAUAAUCGCAAUAAGAAGCCUCUUCUCAUCGACUACGUGCAAAAGGAAGUCUUAAAGAAGGAUCGUAUCGUGAUUGAGAAUCGUGACUGGAUCGUCGUGGUACCGUUCUGGGCAGUUUGGCCAUACGAGACUAUGGUGUUGCCAAAGAAGCAAGUGACCAGAAUGCAGGACUUGUCGGACAGUCAGCAAGAAUCUCUAUCGGUUAUCAUCAAGAGAUUAUGCAUCAAAUACGACAACCUCUUUCAAUGUUCCUUCCCGUAUUCGAUGGGAUGGCACGGCGCACCAACUGGUCCACAUCUCAACAGUGAUUAUCCAUACUGGACCUUUCACGGGAUAUAUUUACCGCCUUUAUUGCGAUCCGCUACCAUAAAAAAACACAUGGUCGGUUAUGAACUUUUGGCCCAAGCGCAAAGAGAUUUGACACCGGAGCAAGCGGCAGCGAAAUUGAGAAGCUUACCAGAUUCUCAUUACAAAUACCCGGAAACUAGUCUGACUGCAGAAGAAAUAGAAAAAUAUGCGACUUAAAUAUAUAAUAUCUGUAAAUAGAAUACGUAGAGUUUCAAGAACAACAGAUGUAAAGAGAAAAAUGAUAGAAAGAGGAGGAAUUUACGAAUUAAUGAAUAUAUCUAUAAAUUAUAUAUAUAUAUAUAAUUCCAAAAUUUGACAGAUUUAUUAAAAUAGCUUAUCUUUAUAUAAAAUGACAUAAUUAUAUCGGAUAUCUUACACUUUUUUAAUAUUUUGGAAAACUUGGAUCAAUCUUAUUGCUCCAAGCGUGAAUACCUCCAAUUAUAUCUCUUAUACUUAAGGUAUCUUCAGUAAAUACCUUUUUCAGACAUUGUACAGCCUUUUGCGAAUCGUUUCCGCGUCUGCAUAAAAAAUACACUGGAAAAAAAGAAGAAAAAUGUAAUGUAUGUCUAACUUUAUUACUGUAUAUCAAUCACAAAAAUAAAUAUUCUAAAAAAAAUUACAA